CACCCCAGAUUCUUUCCCUUUAUUAUUAUUAUUAGGGUUUCAAUUCUUUUUUGUAAAUGCUGUAAUGCACACUCUUAACCACUGAAAACACACAUUUCACUUCACUUCAAAAAAAAAAAAAAAUGGCUAAUAAUAAGCUUGUGCUGGUUUUUACAUUUGCUAUUAUUUUUUUGCUUAAUGCUUCAGCUGCUGCUCCACCACCCACUUCACCUGCUAGGAUAGUAAAUGGGGUAUUCUCAAAUGUAGCUUCAUCUUUGAUGAAAUGGGCUUGGUCACUCAAACCCACCACCAAAACAUCAAUAAGUGGGAGGCCAAUGAUGAAAUUUGAGAGCGGAUAUAACGUUGAGACGGUUUUCGAUGGGAGUAAGCUUGGGAUAGAGCCACAUGCUCUUGAGGUUUUGCCUAAUGGAGAGCUUCUUGUUCUUGAUUCUUGUAAUAGCAACCUUUACAAGAUCUCUUCAGCUUUGUCUCUUUAUAGUAGGCCGAAAUUAGUUGCUGGAUCGGCCGAUGGGUAUUCAGGUCAUGUAGAUGGGAGACUUAGAGAAGCUAAGAUGAACCAUCCAAAAGGCCUGACAGUUGACGACAAAGGAAACAUAUACAUUGCUGAUACUGCCAAUAUGGCAAUUAGGAAGAUAAGUGAUACAGGUGUGACGACAAUUGCGGGAGGUGGCAAAGUGGGCCGUGGAGGGGGACAUGUAGAUGGACCAAGCGAAGAUGCUAAAUUUUCUGAUGACUUUGAUGUGGUCUACAUUGGAAGUAGUUGUUCUCUUCUUGUUAUAGACAGGGGAAACCAAGCCAUUCGUGAGAUACAACUCCCUUUUGACGAUUGUGCUUAUCAGUAUGGAAGCGGCUUCCCUCUUGGAAUUGCAGUCCUGGUUGCUGCAGGUUUCUUUGGUUACAUGCUUGCUUUGCUUCAACGCAGAUUUGUUAGCGUUAUUUCCAAUCAAAUGGAUGAGCCUCAAACAACAAUGAAAUCAAGCAUUGCUCCAAUACCACCAUACCAGAAAUCAACUGUAAGGCCGCCACUGAUUCCGUCAGAAGACGAUCUGGAAAAGCUAGAAGAAGGUUUCUUUGGAUCUCUUGGGAAGCUCAUAGCCAAUGCAACAUCAUCAUUUUCAGAAAUCUUGGGAGGCAUCUUCCCAGGGUUGAAAAAGAAACAAUUAAGCUAUCACUUCCAAAAUCAACCACCAUUCCGCCAAGACCACAAGUAUGGGUCAAAUGCCUGGCCCAUCCAAGAUAGCUACGUGAUCCCAGACGGAGACGAGCCGCCCCCUUCCAUCGAGACCCAAACCCCAACCCCCAAAAAGACGUAUCCAUUUAUGACAAACGAUGCUGAAAAAAUGCAACAGUUUCGUCAAAGCCGCCAUCUUUACAGCGGGUGGGAGCGUGACUAUCAACAACAACAACAACAGCCGCAGCAGCAUCAGCAACAACAGCCACAGCAGCAGCAGCAGCAGAAGCAUCAGCAACAUCACAACAGGUAUCAUUCCUCUAUUCCAGAAACCUACUUUGAACAAAGCACAGAAAAAACCACUGAGAUAGUGUUUGGAGCUGUUCAAGAACAAGCCGAAACAAUGGUCAUUAAGCCAUUAGACCAUGGGAAUGUGGUUUAUGAUCAUCGCGGUAGGAUCCGUUCUCGUUCUCGUAAUUUUGCUCGUGGUGAUUGAUUGAUUAUGUUAUAAUCAAAUGUGGUUAUUGGAAAUUAUUUCAUUGUGAUAGCUAAUUUUGCAAUGUGUAAGAGUAUAGUAGUAGGAUUUUAUAGAACAUAUAUUAUCAUAUAUGAUGCAGCAUUGGGGAAGAAAAUAUAUGUAAGAAGCUGCCAUUUGUAUGAAAAGUGAAUAUGAAAUUCCUGAAGAACAAUAUGUUGUUUCUUCAUGAUUAGUUUCUUUUUAAAAA